AUGGCAGAACAACGGUGGCGAAGUGUUUUGAAAGUUGCAUACAUUACCGAUGCCCUCGAAGAUUCGGACCUGGAUAUUUUAUCAGACGACGAUGAUGGCAAACAGUCAGAAGAGUCACCUCCUGUGAGAAAGUUUAGUCUAAGUGAUUCUGAUUCAGGUUCUCCUUCAGAAUUUGAAAGCAAAUCUCGGCCUUCGUCAGAAAUUUCUACUUCAUCGUUAUUCUGUCGAGGGCGUUCUACAACUAGAGGUGGAGCUAGAACACGAGUAGGUCGUUCAAGACAACAGAGGGGUGUAAUAACAAGAGGAGGACUGAGUGUUAGUACUCGCAAUUCUACUGCGCAGUCAACGGACAAUAACUUGAAUGGAGAUUAUUCUCCUUUGGAACGAUCAUUGUUUCAACCGAGAUAUGUUUUAGUGGACAAGAAGUUGUGGUCGUAA